UUGCGUCAUCGCGUACCGGGAACGCUGACGUGUAAUCGCGGAAGUGAGCCUGGUGCCUUCGUUUUGUCCACUUGGUGACAGUUCAUAAUGGAAAGAUUUGCAGUUUUACACUGAAUUGCCACGCAAAUAGGAGUCGGACCUGACUGGACAGCAGACGUCACGUGGGUUUCAGGCACCACAGAAAAGGCAGCCAUGAGUCGACGGAAGAUUGGAGACUUGUACAGAGCCCCCUUCCCCCUGUACACGGUUCAUUUUCAUCAAGAAACGGGAUUGAUUGUUACAGCUGGUGGGGGUGGUGCCUCUAAGACCGGUAUUAAGAAUGGAGUGCACUUUCUCAGCCUGCAGCUGGUUGAGGGGAAGCAUAGUGCCACAUUGCUGCACUCCCAUGACACAGAAACACGUGCCACCAUGAACAUGGCUGUUGGAGGCAAUGUUAUGGCUGCUGGACAGGACGGUUGCUGCUGCCUGAUGCGCUUUCAGCAGCUCUCACCCAAGGAGCUUCGCAAGGAUAACACCAAGCGGGGUGCUAGUGGUGAUAUUGAUGGCCCCAGGCGGCGAGAUGGUCAUCGGGGCAUUGGGGGAGGCAGUAGACUGGAGACCAGGAAUGAGAGUUCCCAAGUGAAGGUGGAGGUGCUGGGUGAGGUGUGCUCGGACCUGAGCCCCACUGAUGCACUACAGAAAUGUGUCAGGUUCAGCCCGGAGUGCAACCUCUUGCUGACUGGGGGUGCCGAUGGCCAUGUCCGUGUAUGGGAGUAUCCUUCUUUGAAGAAGAAACUGGAUUUCAAAGCUCAUGAAGGAGAGAUUCAAGAUUUAGACAUUAGUUCAGACAAAAAGGUUGUGACAGUGGGGCGUGAUUUUGCAUGCUGUGUCUGGAGUGAUGACCAGCUGGCCAUGGGUCUGCGCUGGCAAGACAGCCUGCCUCACAUCGCUGAAAAGACGUAUCGCUACCAGGCCUGCAGGUUUGGAAAGGUAGAGGACCUGCCAGGUGUUCUUAGACUCUACACUGUUCAGGUGCCCCACAAAAGAGAUCGCAAACCCCCCACUUGCUAUAUCACCAAAUGGGACGGACAAAACUUUUUGCCCCUCCUCACUAAACCUUGUGGUAAAGAAGUCAUCUCCUGUCUUGAGAUUAGUGACUCUGGGACAUUCCUGGGUUUGGGGACAGUAACCGGAUCAGUGGCCAUAUUUAUUGCUUUCUCACUACAGAGGCUGUAUUACGUACAGGAAGCUCACGGUAUCGUGGUGACGGACUUAGCCUUCCUCCCAGAAGUGGUGCAGGGCAAGAAUUUCCUGGGAGACAAUGAAGUAGCUAUGCUAAGUGUGGCGGUAGACAGCCGCUGUCAGAUGCACAUCAUUCCAAAUCGCAGGUCCUUUCCUAUAUGGCUGGUGCUGCUACUGUGUGGCCUCCUCAUCGUGGCUGUGGUCUUCCUCCUGCAGCAGGUCUUCCCAGGGUUCAUUUAGCCUGAGUGGGCUCCACAUCCAGUGCAUCCAGGACCCAAGGAUGCUGCCUCUUCAUGGAUGAUGCUUGAGCAACAACAUGCAAUUAUUUAAAGUAAUCCUAUAAAUCAGAAUAAUGGAAGGUAGUUAUAGAAAUAGCAGGAUUCUCACUUUUUGAUACAGGUCUUUGUUCACCACUAGAAUUAUAAGCGAUUGCUGUUAAGCAGUGAGCCCAAUGGAGACAGUGAGCAGGGUCACCAGAGGGUGGUGCUGGAGAGACCUAGAGCAAGUUCACAUCUGCUUUCUUGUACAGAUGUCCCAUAGAUGAGCUGGAGAGCAAUCUUUCCUCUUUUCUAUACUUGUGCUUAACCUUCCCUCCCCCCCAAACUGAUGUUGCAUAUAUCACAGGUGUGUUUGUUAAAAAAAAUGUGCAGUAUGUUUGUCUGGGGUUUGUAAUUGAAAGUAUUAUACAUUUUAUUUUGACUGUGUCUCCUCUGUGCUUUGAUGCUGUAGUGUUCUCCCUGGGUGUUUCCUGGGUCACACACCAAGUGCUCUUAAUGUAUUAAAGCAAACUUAUUUUAAAGCUUGCAUUUGUAGCAUGGACACCGGCUUUUCCUUAGUAUUGUAUGAUCUAAAUUCAGAAUUCAUAAAUAUGAAAUAUAAACAUACGGUAUCAUUAAUGAGACAUACCAGCAAAAUCCCAUCAUUUUGUUGCAUGACAUUUUGCACCACUGUCUGCCACUGAGCUAAAAAGCUAAUAGAUUGUGUCACCUCGCUUCUGUGUUGCUUUGGACAAAAGCAGCUGCUGAAUAUAUAAAAUGUAAAUGUUUGAAUGCCACACAUGAGCAUCCUAUAAAACUUCAGAAAUGAAUGGAAUGACUCUACUGCCAUGUACCUUUCAGUUUCUGUAGAAGAAAGACAACAUUUUGUGAAUGAACCAGUUGGGAAUUUCUACAAAUUCAUACUACAAUUGAACUGUGAAAUGUUUGUAUUUUAUUGACCUUUUAAUGGCAUUUUUUUAGGACUUUUGGAUUGGUUCUAAUUGUUAUAUGAUUAUGUUGCAAAUAAUGCACAUGGGAAUGGAAUAGAGAUACUGUAGUAUAGUACCACAAAAUAAUAUAUUAAGCUACUGAAUAUUUGGAGUCUUAAAUAUUUUGAUUAGAAGGGAAGAAUUUAGAAUAUAGAUUUAUUUUCCAGUGGAAAACAUUUAACCCGAACACAAAAAUUAUGCUCAUAUGAUUUUCUAAUAUAUUUAUAUUUUUGGAAAACCUUUAAACAUCUCAUUAACCAAAAUUAAACCUUUAAAAUCCUUUGGCAUUUUUACAAAACAUUUUUUUCUCUAAGUCUUAGAUCAUGCUGCUAUUAUCUCCAAUCAGAGAGCUCAAAUGUCACAUCUUGAGUUUAGAAAGUCCAAAAACUAUUCCAAUAGCAUGUUUAACAAUAGAACUUUCAAUAGCAUGUUUUAAAAUAGUUAUUUAGAUUUUAAUAAAAUCAGGUUUAUCUGUGCUCUCCCGCCUUGGAGGUCUUUCCCAUUAAAGUGUGAAUCCAUUUUGGAAUGCUUUGAUACAAGCCUUGAGUGACUGUGCAGCGGGAUACUGGUCUGUUGAAGAAUAAAAGGCUCCCUUUAUUUGGAAAAAGGGACAAGGAAAUGUACUUUAGGUCCUCCUGUAAUAUUUAGAUGGGGUUAUUAGGAAAUAAGAUUGACAUCAGAUCGUGUCCCUUUUUUCCCUCUAUUUCCAGUCCAAGCUUAGCACUCUAUGCAGCAGCUCUGUGCAUCAGUGUUGGAUACAGGUGGGUUCUUAGCAGCAGUCCUGCCAUAGGCUAGAGCUUGGUGAAGCUCAUGAAUGCACAGAGUUGCUCAUUCAGUUCUAAACCAAAUUUUUCUGGUGUUUUGCAAGUUAAAUAUCCAUCAGUUCCUGUAUGUGACCUUUUAACUGCGACUGCUGUUCCUAUUUAGAUGUAAUUUUUGUUGGCAGAUGUGGCCUGACUGUUUCACUUGACUUAUUAAAAGAUUAUUGUGUCA